UGUUAGAGCAUAAAAACAACGGAGUGGGCGUAGAGAAGAGUUUGGUGCUUUCUUUGCUUUUUCUCCUCUGGAAACUUUUCAACAUGGUGCAACAACUGUCCAAACACGGAGCGAUGGAGGCUCCUCUGCUGAAAGCUGGUCACCGUCCGGCAGUAAAGGCUGGUGGUAAACGGGUGGCUAAAAAAAGCUUGGAAGAGACUGGCACCCAUGGGACUCCAGAGAAGGAUACAAAGAGGUCUGAUAAACUGAGCAGGUCCCUUGCCACCUCCAGCAGGAUGCAACAAGUUGGUGUACUUCUGGCAGGAACGCUUGAUAAGCUGAGCCAUGACUUUCCAGAGACACCAGUGAGUGUGAGGCACAGCAAGGUGCUCCCCGCAGUGGAGAAGCACCACUCGCCCCGUACUUUCUUCAUCCAGCAGCCGAGGAAAUGUUGAACGACAUGUUUGAAGGGAUCCGUGUUAAGUCAACUGUGAAACACAAACAUGAAGCGUUAAACACGUGAGGGAGAGCUGACAGGUUGUCUGUGAAGUGUCAGUGACAUUUUAGAAGAAACAUUAGCUUUUUUUCUGCCUGUGCUUGUUUGUGAGGAUACUAUAAACCAGCGUCACUGUGUCUUUCCUUGUGUUAAGAGAUAAAUGCUGAAGUCGUAUUAACCAGCUGAUGAAAAACACAUGGCAUUUGGGUAGAAGUAAGUUUAAAGUGAGAGUUAGAGGGGGGUUGUAAAGUGAGAUACUUGAGACUCUUGUGUUUUUUGUUUUCUCAGUGAAACCUCACUAUGUAUUGCUUGGCACUUAUUAGAUUUAAUAAAAAAUAUAUUGCAUGGCA